AUGUGGUUCGCCGAGCCCAUCGGCGCUUGGCUGAAAGAUGGGAGCGCGCCCACACUAUCGCCCACCUCCAUUGCUUCAUUGUCUAGCCGCAUCUCUUCAAUAACCGGCCGUGAAUGCGAGCGCUGUGGUGGGGCUUUUGCGAGUGGAGAGCCCCAUUUUCGGGUCGACCACACGCUGUGGCACCAGGAGUGCUUCAAAUGUGCGCAGUGUUUCCGCGACCUCGACGGCGAGGUCUACUUCCGGUUCGACGAUCGCAUCUAUUGCCUACACGAUUUUGAGCGGCUUUAUGCUCCGAUCUGCCAACGUUGUAAAAGCCCCGUCCUAAACGGCCACGUCAUCAAGGCGGCCACGGGGUCCUACCACGCCGAAUGUUUCAGCUGCGACGGGUGCUUGCGGGAUCUUGAUGAAGGCGUCUGGGUCUCGGAUGGAUUGAUCUUAUGCUUUGACUGUAAGGAAGCGAAACGUCAGAAUCCAGAGUACAUUUGUGUGCAGUGUAAACACAUCAUCGAGCCGGACGAGCUGUUGAAGCUGCACCACGACUGCUACCACGCCUACCAUUUUGAGUGCACCACAUGCGAGCAGACACUGACGUCGACUGGCCGGCGAUUGAAUGAAAAGUGGUACUGUGAGCGGUGCUAUGAUUUACAAUGCCCGAGCUGCUACGAGUGCAAACGGGCCAUAGACCCCGAUCAAGAGCGUUCGGUGGCUGCCAUGGGGCACCAUUAUCAUGUUGAGCAUUUCCGAUGUGCGCGCUGCCUCGUACCCUUUCACGGAAAGCCAUUUUUCGUCAACCGCGAGCUGCCCUAUUGCCAAAAGGACUACAUCGAGAAUUUCGGGGAGAGAUGCUUUGUGUGCUCCCGCGGACUCACCGGGGAAUCAGUGCGAAUUUUUAACAAGGGUUGGUGUAAGGAGUGCUAUGCAUGCCACUGCUGCCAUCGACGCUUGAAGCCAAAAGACAAGGUGCUCGAGGAGAACAUGCAGCCGGUGUGCAAAAAGUGUAUGGAGAAGAAGAUGUUCCAAACGAUGCUCAAGGAGAGGCAAAAGCGAAUUGCCGUGGAGGAGAAGCGCAAAACU